AUGGAAGCUCAUCUUCUACCCACUCCAGCCGAUCGUGCGUCUGUUAAUUGCAAUCAUUUUCUAUGCUUGACGAGUAUUAAUUCAAAGACCUCAAAGACCUCACAACUAAAACAGUCCUUUUCUUCCACCUACUUACCGAGUGGCACAACUUCUUCGGGCGUCGCCACUGAGGUAACCCGUCCAAACGUUCCCAGCCUAACCAGUCUGUGGGGGCAUUCAGCUUUGGACACAAGACAGCGGCGAGAGUCUUCUGACACUGCACCCACUCGUCUGCUUUCCCGCCUAGGCUCUCAAAGAUCUGUCCCGACCCACAUUAACAACGUCACUGUGUCAGAGAUUGAUUUAUUACGUGAACUCGUGUUCGUGCUCAAUGGGACUGGAGGCAAUCUUAUUCAUUUCGAUCAAAUUAGGGACGCUUUCUGCUUGGCCCCUGACGUGUCUAUCCACCCUGGUGACUGUGACUCUGUGCGACGAAUAGCCGAAUGUGGCUGGCUGCUCCUUCAAAUACAGCGGUUCAUUUCACGAACACAGCAAGAUCGUUUAUCUGGUCCUAUGUGCCAAAGCCUUGCCUCUGGUUUGCACGAGAACCUCACGGAGUAUUAUCGACUUGUAGCCACCUUAGAGGCUCAGCUUGGCCGCGAAUCUCGUGGGACAGUGGAAUUGAGCGCACGGUCCGCAGACGAAGAGCGACCGGAAUCUGGCGGUCUGUACAGUAGCAAUUACACGGAGCCCAGGAGCCAAAACAAUUCUGCUGAUGGUCUAAUGACGCUCACUCGACUCGCCCUUUGGACCCAAGAGCCUCGUUUUCGGCUCCGAUUUUUAGCCAGUUUGUGUGACGUUUGUCGUGGAAAGCGUGGUGGUGCUCUGGCUUCGGAACUAUACGCGUACACUCUUCACGGAGAUUCAGAUGUAGUCGGAAUGAUGCGUUUUAUGCUGAGAAACCUCGCUUCUACCUUGUUGCAUUUUAUAAGCCUAUGGAUUUAUGAUGGGCAACUGGACGAUCCGUUCCAAGAGUUCUUCGUCGCUUGCAACUCGUCUAUCAAAAAAGAGCGCCUAUGGCAUGAAAAAUACAGCCUCAGACGCCCAAUGAUUCCCACUUUCAUCACAUUAUCACAAGCAAACAAGAUCCUUCUCGCCGGAAAGGCUAUCAACUUUCUUCAUUACGCAUGUGGUGAGAAGCAAACCAUCAAGGACCGCGACGUGAUACGCAACUCACGUCUGCGACGAGUGGAAUCAAUGUUUGAACAGGACUCAGAUCCAUCCUUUGACAAGAUGGUUUCUCUUGUCUACAAGCAGACCAGCCGAUAUCUUUUGGAAACCCUCAUCGACCAUUACCAUUUUAUGGACCACUUAAGAGCUACUCGGCAAUUUUUACUUCUCGGUCAAGGGGAUUUUAUCACUCAUCUCAUGGACCUGUUGGGCACCGAGUUGAAUAAGCCGGCUACUCAGUCGCUGACCCACAGAUUAACCAACGCUUUGGAGACCGCAAUUCGUGCAACGAACGCUCAGUAUGAACAACCUGAAAUACUUCAGCGAUUACAUGUCCGAUUGCUGGAGAUGUGUGCAGGUGACGUCGGAUGGGAUGUUUUCUCUUUGGACUAUCAUGUAGACGGUCCGUUAGCCACUAUUUUCACUGAUGACUGUCGUCUGAUGUAUCUACGAGGUUUCAAUUUCCUUUGGCGUGCCAAACGAAUGGAAUUUUGCCUGAGCACCCUAUGGAAGUGCCAGUUCGUUGCCGCUCGCAUGACCCAUGGUUUAGGCAUGGAUCUUGAGCCUGUUUUACACCUUUCGGAACUGCUCGGUGCGGAAAUCCGUCACUGCGUGCAACAAGUCCAAUACUACGUUAAUUUCGAGGUUCUCGAAUGCGGUUGGGAGAACUUAGUAAAGCAAAUCCACGUAGCUACGGAUUUGGACGAAGUUAUCGAGGCACAUCAGACCUUUUUGUCCAACGUGCUCACUCGAUGUCUGCUGGAUCCACCAUCACGACAACUGAUCGCUCAAUUGCGAACUAUCUUCGAUCUGGUACUCAGCUUCACACAGCUGUUCAAUGAUCUGAUCGGUGUUGCAAAUGCUGAACUGGCCGUUCGUGAGCGCUAUGCUAAUGAGGUGUCCGAAGCUACCAGGCGCGGCAAGUGGGGCACUGAUGAAGCAAAAGAAGCCCAGGAAAACGUCCGACGCGCGCAGUUUGUCCAGCGCCAUGUUGGUCCAUUCCAGGCCCGCGUGCGCAUCUUAGCUUCGACCUACCGAGACAUGGUGGUCAACUUUAUCCGAAUGCUCUGCGCCCAUCCGGAUCACAACUUACGAUUUUUAGCCGAGCAUCUGAAUUUCAACGGACAUUACCAUUACCAGACUGGCUCUUCGGGAAGUGGCCGUUUGGGCUCUAACACAGAUGUGAACUCAUUCGGCAGCUCCUCCGCUGCACAUCGAUCCGGUCCGGUGUCUUCCGGCUCCAGUGUCCCGGAGAAAGUCCCAUCUUGGAAGGAUGUAUCUGCUGGCGAUCUCAGAUAAUAUUUGCAUACGCGGUCGCAUGGUGGUGCUAUCUUGGCUGUAUCUCUGUGUCAUUCAGUUACGCUGUUAAUCGGCAUAUGCUAAACCGCCGACCGAUCAGUGGCGUAAAUGAGCGCUCCGAACGCACAGCCCAGACAGCUUUACCGAGCGGUCGCGUAUGCAAAACUAUGUUGCAAAAUAUUAGAUUGAUAUUUUUCCAG